UUUGGCUACUUCUCGGCAGCCGCAGUGUUCCCAGCCAACGCCUCGCGCUGCUCCUGGACACUGCGCAACCCAGACCCGCGGCGCUACACUCUGUAUAUGAAGGUGGCCAAGGCGCCUGCACCCUGCAGCGUGCCUGGUCGUGUCCGCACCUACCAGUUCGACUCCUUCCUCGAGUCCACGCGCACCUACCUGGGCGUGGAGAGCUUCGACGAGGUGCUGAGGCUCUGUGACCCCUCUGCACCCCUCGCCUUUCUGCAGGCCAGCAAGCAGUUCCUGCAGAUGCAGCGACAGCAGCCACCCCGGGAUGGAGACCUGGGCCUUCCAGGGGAGGCCCUAGGCCCCAGCGAUGACUUCUCUGUGGAGUACCUGGUCGUGGGCAACCGCAGCCCCAGCCGGGCUGCCUGCCAGAUGCUGUGCCGCUGGCUGGAUGCCUGUCUGGCUGGUAGCCGCAGCUCACACCCCUGUGGCAUCAUGCAGACCCCCUGUGCCUGCCUGGGUGGCGAGGCCGGAGACCCUGCCUCCAGCCACUUGGUCCCCCAUGGUGAUGUCUGCUUGAGGGACGGUGUGGCUGGCAGCCCCGAGAACUGCCUCACCAGCCUGACCCAGGACCGGGGUGGGCAUGGCUCAGCAGGCGGCUGGAAGCUGUGGUCCCUGUGGGGCGAGUGCACUCGAGACUGUGGAGGAGGCCUGCAGACAAGGACGCGCACUUGCCUGCCCACGCGGGGCAUGGAAGGCGGCGGAUGCGAGGGGGUGCUGGAGGAGGGGCGCCUGUGCAACCGAAAGGCCUGUGGCCCCGCUGGGCGCACCAGCUCCCGGAGCCAGUCCCUGCGGUCCACAGAUGCCCGGCGGCGUGAGGAGCUGGGGGACGACCUGCAACAGUUCGGGUUUCCAUCCCCCCAGACUGGUGACCCGGCGGCAGAGGAGUGGUCGCCAUGGAGCGUGUGCUCCAGCACCUGCGGCGAGGGCUGGCAGACCCGCACACGCUUCUGCGUGUCAUCCUCCUACAGCACGCAGUGCAGUGGCCCGCUGAGGGAGCAGAGGCUGUGUAACAACUCCGCGGUGUGCCCAGUGCACGGCGCGUGGGAUGAGUGGUCUCCUUGGAGCCUCUGCUCCAGCACCUGCGGCCGCGGUUUCCGGGACCGCACGCGCACCUGCAGGCCCCCCCAGUUCGGAGGCAACCCCUGCGAAGGUCCGGAGAAGCAAACCAAGUUCUGUAACAUCGCCCUGUGCCCUGUGGACGGAAACUGGAAUGAAUGGUCGAGCUGGAGCGCCUGUUCUGCCAGCUGCUCUCAGGGCCGGCAGCAGCGCACGAGGGAGUGCAAUGGACCCUCCUAUGGGGGUGCUGAGUGCCAGGGCCACUGGGUGGAGACGCGAGACUGUUUCCUGCAGCAAUGCCCAGUGGAUGGCAAAUGGCAGGCCUGGGCAUCAUGGGGCAGCUGCAGUGUCACAUGUGGGGGUGGCAGCCAGCGCCGAGAGCGUGUCUGCUCCGGGCCUUUCUUCGGGGGAGCAGCCUGCCAAGGCCCGCAGGAUGAGUACCGACAGUGCGGCACCCAGCGGUGUCCCGAGCCCCAUGAGAUCUGUGAUGAGGACAACUAUGGGGCCGUGGUAUGGAAAGACACACCAGCUGGAGAGGUGGCUGCAGUCCGGUGUCCCCGCAAUGCCACAGGCCUCAUCCUGCGGCGCUGUGAGCUGGACGAGGAGGGCAUCGCCUACUGGGAGCCACCUACCUACAUCCGCUGCAUCUCCAUUGACUACCGAAACAUUCAGAUGAUGACCCGAGAGCACCUGGCCAAGGCUCAACGUGGGCUUCCAGGGGAGGGAGUCUCAGAGGUCAUCCAGACCCUGGUGGAGAUCUCUCAAGACGGAACCAGCUACAGUGGGGACCUGCUGUCCACCAUUGACGUCCUCAGGAACAUGACUGAGAUCUUCAGGAGGGCCUACUAUAGCCCCACCCCAGGGGAUGUGCAGAACUUUGUCCAGAUCAUCAGCAACCUGCUGGCAGAGGAAAACCGGGAGAAGUGGGAGGAGGCCCAGCUGAUGGGCCCCAAUGCCAAGGAGCUCUUCAGGCUGGUGGAGGAUUUUGUGGAUGUCAUUGGCUUCCGCAUGAAGGACCUGAGGGACGCGUACCAGGUGACGGACAACCUAGUCCUUAGCAUCCAUAAGCUUCCUGCCAGCAGUGCCACUGAUAUCAGCUUCCCCAUGAAGGGCUGGCGGGCCACUGGUGACUGGGCCAAGGUGCCGGAGGACAGGGUCACAGUAUCCAAGAGUGUCUUCUCCACAGGCCUGGCAGAGGCGGAUGACUCAUCUGUGUUCGUAGUCGGCACCGUGCUUUAUCGAAAUCUGGGCAGCUUCUUGGCUCUGCAGAGGAACACGACCGUGCUGAACUCCAAGGUCAUCUCUGUGACUGUGAAGCCUCCACCCCGCUCCCUGUUCACACCCUUGGAGAUCGAGUUUGCCCACAUGUACAAUGGCACAACCAACCAGACCUGCAUCCUGUGGGAUGAGACCGAUGUGUAA